AUGAACUCGCUGGAGCAAGCGGAAGAUCUCAAGGCUUUCGAGAGGAGACUUACUGAAUAUAUUCAUUGUUUGCAACCUGCCACUGGACGUUGGAGAAUGCUUCUUAUAGUGGUAUCUGUCUGUACAGCUACUGGUGCCUGGAACUGGUUAAUAGAUCCUGAGACACAAAAGGUGUCCUUCUUCACAUCAUUAUGGAACCAUCCAUUUUUCACCAUUAGCUGUAUCACUCUAAUAGGCUUAUUCUUCGCUGGAAUUCACAAAAGAGUAGUUGCACCGUCAAUUAUAGCUGCUCGAUGUCGAACUGUGUUAGCAGAAUACAAUAUGUCUUGUGAUGAUACAGGAAAACUAAUUUUGAAACCUAGGCCUCAUGUUCAAUGA